GAAAUGUUGGCAAAACACCCCCUUCUCAACCCCUCCUUAUCGUGUUGAAAAAAUGGCGGACAAGCGCUAAACCCACAUCAGAAACAAAUACACGUUACAAAGCAAGAUUUGAAAACAAGGAGCGGGUCGCUUUAAUUUGGACGCCAUCCCCCUUGGCGUAGGAAAAAGGCGCACUUCCAUUGAAAAGGAAAUCAUCCGGAGAGGAGGAACCCUGUGAAACGGUUAUGAAGUUUUAAGAGUAGAUGCCACUUUUGUGUUUGUAGUUGGUCCGAAUUGUUGGAGCAUGAGGAAGCCUGUGCCACAGAAAGAUAUAGAGUGGAAAGAUGGCCGAAGGAUGAAGCAUGCCCGGAGUGGGCGGCCCUCCCGGGUGCCCUCUCAGUACCAAGGCCACUUUAGUUGGGAGAAAUAUCUAAAAGAGACAGGUGCCGUUGCUGCUCCUGCUUCAUGUUUCAGACAGAGCCUCACACCUCCAGUUAACGAGUUCAAGGCAGGCAUGAAGCUGGAGGCCCAGGACCCGCGGAACACCACUUCCACCUGCAUUGCCACAGUGGUGGGCCUGACGGGCUCACGGCUACGACUGCGCUUGGACGGGUCUGACAAUAAGAACGACUUCUGGCGCUUGGUGGAUUCCUCAGAGAUCCAGCCUAUAGGCAGCUGUGAAAAGAAUGGAGGCAUGCUACAGCCACCUCUGGGUUUCCGUCUCAAUGCGUCCUCCUGGCCAAUGUUCCUGCUGAAAACACUAAAUGGUGCUGAAAUGGCUCCCUCACGCAUUUUUCACAAGCAGGAGCCCCCCACUCCAGAGCAGAACUCCUUCCAGGUUGGCAUGAAGCUGGAGGCGGUAGACCGGAAAAAUCCACACUUUAUCUGCCCAGCCACAGUAGGUGCACUGCGUGGUGUCGAGGUGCUGGUCACCUUCGAUGGAUGGCGUGGAGCCUUUGAUUACUACUGCCGUUAUGACUCGCGGGACAUCUUCCCGGUUGGCUGGUGUGCCCUGACUGGAGACAACCUUCAGCCGCCUGGCAGCAAAGUGGUGUUGCCUAAGAGCCUCGGAGCACUGACAGACGGAAGUGUGGAGAACCUGGCCAUGAAUCCCACCCCAACAGUGGGCAGACCUCCAGGUCAAAGAGGACGAAAGCCAGGACGUAGGAAAACCAAAGUGCCAGGGCCAUGGAGUCAGAAGACUUCUGCGUUGGGAGCACAGAGCAUCCAGCCAGGCAAAACCCUGGAGGCCAUCAAGAUACCCAAGAAACGGGGACCUAAGCCUGGCAGUAAGUUGGGCUGGGCAAAGAGAGCUGGCUGGUUGGAGGAGGCCAUGGCUGGCCCAGGCCGGCCGGUGACUGGACCAGGGCGCAGCAGAGGCAGACUGCCUGCCAACUGGGCACAGAGGAUAGCCCUGCAGCAGGCCCAGACACAGGCAGAACCAAUCAAGAUCCCAAAGAAGAGAGGGCCCAAGCCUGGCAGUAAGAGAAAACCACGAGUGGUACCUAAUCCAGUCCCCACGUCUCCCACCAGCAGCACUCCAGAGCCCGACACCAGCACUGUACCCAUCGAUAACGCCACCAUCCCCAAUUCUGCACUACAGGCUCCCACAGUUUGUGUAUAUCUAAACAAGUACGGCAAGGUGGGGCCACAUCUGGACCAGCGGCGCGUCCAGCAUCUCCCAGACCACUUUGGUCCUGGCCGAGCCUCUUCAGUACUUCAGCAGUGUGUUCAGGCUUGUGUGGACUCUGCCCACAAUCAGGCUAUAGUCUUCUCCUGCCUCAAAUCUGGACAAGGAGGGGAAGUCAUUUCAGCCUUUUUUGACCAGCAGCAGCACACCCUAACCCUUCCCACAGUCAGCAGUGUCACGUAUGUCCUCCGCUUCCUGGAAAAACUCUGCCACAAUCUUCACUGUGAUCCACUGUUUGGCAGCCAGCCUGUGGCCAGAGGGGUUCUUCACUACAACAGUUACUCAUACACUACAGAGAGGAGGAGUUUUGGAGACAGCUUGACCACAGGCCCAGGCCGAGGCACCAAACGCUUCCUUCAAGACUUCAACGGUCCUCUUUCUCAGAAACCAACAAAAAUCCACCGGCACUCCACAGAUGGUGAGUCCUUCAUUGAGAACAGUGUUGUAGCACCAGAGCACUUAAAGAAGAUUCCUCUUUCCCCAAACUCUCUGGGACUGGUACCUGGCCUCAGGUCUCCCUCUAAACUGCUGCACCAUAACAACUCCACAGGCUCAGGCAGUUUCCGGGAGAGCCCCAAGCCUAGCGGUCAAGAUCCAAACAUGUGGACUGUAGAGGAAGUCAUGCAGUACAUCAGAGAUAUUGACCCAGUGCUGGCUCCACAUGCUGACCUUUUCAGAAAACAUGAGAUUGAUGGUAAAGCUCUGCUGUUGCUGCGCAGUGACGUGAUGAUGAAAUAUAUGGGUUUGAAGCUUGGCCCCGCCCUCAAACUCACCUUCCACAUUGACAAGCUCAAACGGGCUUGACGUGGUGGGGUGGGGGGGUUAUCAACCAGCCGCAGCCUUCCAAAGGACUUUUGUUAUGCCCCACCUCCCUUUCCAGGGUCAGUAUAUCAUGCACUUCAGAAUGGACAUAAUCCGAUCAUUUACAUGUAGCAACUUCAGCCGACCACCAUAUGUGGUCUCCACACUUCCCUCCUUCCCUCAUUUAAUGAGGAACGUUCAUUUCAUGUAGCACAAUCCAGUUGUAAAGCAGAAUGGGAUUCAUAAAACACCCACAUGUCUGUCACCUUUAUGCAUUUCAGUGUAACUUGAAGAUACAUGUGGCCAUUUUAACUGUUAAUGGCUCAACAGCCUGUAUUAUUUAGUUUAGUUUUUUUUUUUUUACUGUGUUACAUUUAAUCUGUAAGUUUCAUAUUUUGUACUUUAUGAAUAUAUAAACAUGUAUUUUUUCAACAUUUUAUGUUUGAAUAUGUGAAAAGACAGAAAAUCCUAAAGGUAGAAAAGAAAAUUCCACAUUCAUCCCAAUAGUUGGGAUCUUUUUCUUUGUCAAUAGUCUCAGUUUGAGGCAUGUUUUUUCUAACUAUAAGAAUUCUGGUGGGGAAAAAUGUUCUAUGGAAAAAGAAAAUCUGAGAAAACUGCCAUGAGGAAAUCUGUUUUAUUAUCUUAUUCUAAAUGUUGUUUACAAUGUCUUGUCUUUGUUAUUUGUACUUUUAAAAUUUUUAUACAGUAUGAUCAGAGUUAAUACAUGGGGAGCCCUAUCACACUUACCAUGUUUAAUAAAUAUGGAAUUCAACUCUUUUUUUUGUUUUUUAGCUGUUUUUGUUGUUGAAUGUCAGAACGGUUUGUAGUUUUUUGUUUAAACCACAUGUCGAAAGUCUGUCACAAAUUUGUUUUGUUCAUUUAUUUAAAUUAAAAUAUGUUUUCAC